AAGAAGAAGACGAAGAGGAGGACGACGACGACGAGGCGGGCGGCUUCACCAUGUCGCGCGGGUCGAUCGAGAUUCCCCUCCGGGACACUGACGAGGUCAUCGAACUUGACUUCGAUCAGUUACCGGAGGGAGAUGAAGUUAUAAGUAUUCUUAAGCAGGAACACACUCAGCUGCACAUUUGGAUUGCUUUAGCGCUGGAAUAUUACAAACAAGGGAAGACGGAAGAUUUUGUGAAGCUGUUAGAAGCCGCGCGUAUAGAUGGCAACCUGGAUUACAGAGACCACGAGAAAGACCAGAUGACGUGCCUAGACACAUUAGCGGCCUACUAUGUGCAACAGGCCCGGAAGGAGAAGAAUAAAGACAACAAGAAGGAGCUCAUCACGCAAGCCACCCUGCUGUACACUAUGGCUGACAAAAUCAUCAUGUACGAUCAGAACCAUUUGCUGGGAAGAGCAUGCUUCUGUCUGUUGGAAGGGGAUAAGAUGGACCAAGCCGAUGCGCAGUUUCACUUCGUACUCAACCAGUCUCCAAAUAAUAUUCCAGCCCUUCUUGGGAAAGCUUGUAUUUCCUUCAACAAGAAAGAUUACAGAGGAGCCCUUGCGUACUACAAAAAAGCCCUGCGCACGAACCCAGGUUGUCCAGCCGAAGUCCGGUUAGGCAUGGGCCAUUGCUUUGUGAAACUGAACAAGCUGGAGAAAGCUCGCCUGGCAUUCAGCAGGGCUCUGGAGCUCAAUUCUAAGUGUGUGGGGGCCUUGGUGGGGCUGGCUGUCCUGGAACUCAAUAACAAAGAGGCGGAUUCCAUCAAAAACGGCGUUCAGCUUCUCUCCCGAGCGUACACGAUUGACCCUAGCAACCCCAUGGUGUUGAAUCACUUGGCAAAUCACUUCUUCUUCAAAAAGGAUUAUAGUAAAGUCCAGCAUCUGGCCCUCCAUGCUUUCCACAACACAGAAGUCGAAGCCAUGCAGGCGGAGAGCUGCUAUCAGCUCGCCAGAUCUUUCCACGUACAGGAGGACUACGACCAAGCUUUCCAGUACUACUAUCAGGCCACGCAGUUUGCUUCUUCGUCGUUUGUGCUCCCGUUCUUUGGUCUGGGCCAAAUGUACAUUUACCGAGGCGACAAGGAGAACGCGUCCCAGUGCUUCGAGAAAGUUCUCAAAGCCUAUCCGAACAAUUAUGAGACCAUGAAGAUUCUCGGUUCCCUCUACGCCGCUUCGGAAGAUCAAGACAAACGGGACAUCGCCAAGGGCCACUUGAAGAAAGUCACCGAGCAGUACCCCGACGACGUCGAGGCCUGGAUUGAACUGGCGCAGAUCUUGGAGCAGACGGACAUCCAGGGUGCCCUCUCGGCCUACGGAACGGCAACCCGCAUCCUCCAAGAGAAAGUCCAGGCCGACGUCCCGCCGGAGAUCCUGAACAACGUGGGCGCCCUCCACUUCCGGCUCGGGAACCUCGGGGAGGCCAAGAAAUAUUUUUUGGCAUCACUGGAUCGAGCGAAAGCAGAAGCUGAACAUGACGAGCAUUACUAUAAUGCCAUCUCUGUGACCACGUCGUACAACUUGGCCCGUCUCUACGAGGCUAUGUGUGAAUUCCACGAAGCGGAAAAGCUGUAUAAGAAUAUUUUACGAGAACACCCUAAUUACGUCGACUGUUAUCUGCGCCUCGGAGCUAUGGCUAGAGAUAAAGGAAACUUUUACGAGGCUUCAGAUUGGUUUAAAGAAGCUCUUCAGAUCAAUCAGGAUCACCCCGAUGCCUGGUCUUUAAUUGGUAACCUUCACCUGGCUAAACAAGAGUGGGGUCCGGGGCAGAAGAAAUUUGAGAGAAUAUUGAAGCAACCAUCCACUCAGAAUGACACCUAUUCCAUGCUGGCCCUCGGAAAUGUGUGGCUUCAAACUCUGCAUCAGCCCACCAGGGAUCGAGAGAAGGAAAAGCGCCAUCAGGAUCGGGCCCUCGCCAUCUACAAGCAAGUGCUCAGAAACGAUCCAAAGAAUCUGUACGCGGCUAACGGCAUCGGUGCCGUGCUGGCUCACAAAGGAUAUUUUCGGGAGGCCCGGGAUGUGUUUGCCCAGGUCAGAGAGGCCACGGCGGACAUCAGCGACGUCUGGCUGAACCUGGCGCAUAUCUACGUGGAGCAGAAGCAGUACAUCAGUGCGGUCCAGAUGUAUGAGAACUGCCUUCGCAAGUUCUAUAAACAUCAGAACACCGAGGUGGUCUUGUAUCUGGCCCGGGCGCUUUUCAAAUGCGGCAGGUUACAGGAGUGCAAGCAGACCUUGCUAAAGGCGAGGCACGUGGCCCCCAGCGACACUGUUCUCAUGUUUAACGUGGCUCUGGUACUGCAGAGGCUAGCCACGUCGGUUCUGAAAGACGAGAAGAGCAAUCUGAAGGAGGUGCUUAAUGCCGUGAAAGAGCUGGAGCUGGCCCACAGAUACUUCAGCUACUUAAGUAAAGUGGGAGACAAAAUGAGAUUUGAUUUGGCCCUCGCCGCCACAGAAGCCAGGCAGUGCUCCGACUUGCUGAGCCAAGCUCAGUACCACGUGGCUCGGGCCCGCAAGCAGGAUGAAGAAGAGAGGGAGUUGCGGGCGAAACAGGAACAAGAAAAGGAGUUGCUCCGGCAGAAACUACUCAAAGAGCAGGAAGAGAAGCGCCUGCGAGAAAAGGAAGAGCAGAAGAAACUUCUGGAACAGCGAGCCCAGUAUGUGGAGAAGACCAAGAACAUUCUGAUGUUCACCGGAGAAACCGAAGGGUCGAAGGAGAAAAAGAGAGGUGGCGGUGGUGGACGGCGCUCCAAGAAGGGCGGGGAGUUCGACGAGUUCGUCAACGACGACACCGACGACGACGUGCCUGUGUCCAAAAAGAAGAGGAGGAGGAAGGGCAGCGGCAGCGAACAGGAGGGGGAUGAGGAAGAGGGCGAGCGGAAGAAGAAAAAGAGGAGGAGGCCCCCGAAGGGCGACGAGGGGUCCGACGACGACGAGAACGAGAACGGGCCCAGACCGAAGAAGCGCCGCCCGCCUCGGGCCGAAAAGAAAAGGGCCCCCAAGCCGGAACGCCUCCCUCCUUCCAUGAAAGGGAAAAUCAAGUCCAAAGCCAUCAUUUCAUCGAGCGAUGAUUCUUCGGAUGAGGAUAAGCUCAAGAUCGCUGAUGAAGGGAACGCCCGGAACAGCAACAGCGACUCGGAUGAAGGCGAACGGCAGCACAACAAGAGCGUCAUGUCGGAGAGCGACUCGGACGAGAACCGGAACAGGUCCGGCAGCGAGGCGGGCAGCCCCCCGGGGGCCGGCGCCCGGCCGUCGGACGAGGACUCCGACAGCGACGGCUCGGCCGGGAAGACGGACGACGAGUCCGUGCGGUCGGGGAGAAGCCGCCCCGGGGGCUCGGAGGACGGAUCCCGCCCGGCGUCCCGCAGCGCCGAGUCGGACCGGGAGUCCGACAACGAGGCCUCGGGCAACGACUCCGAGCCGGAGGGGUCCCGCGACGAGGCCUCGGACCGAGGGUCGGAGCGCGGGUCGGACGAGAGCGAUUAGAUCGCCGCCGGGGCCCGCCCGGUUUUCGAAGCUUUGUACAUAAGCUCCGUCUCUGAAGGGAAACCUUUGUCCUUCUUCAAACACGUGAAGGCGGGGCUGAAACCGCCGUGGAACCGUGGGGAGGUUUUUCCUAAAAUGUGGUUUUUCUACCAAGUUGUGCGAUACUGAGCCCCGGGAGAGGCGUGCCGUGCCGAAACGUCCAGCCCCAGCUAGGCGGUCCGCUCGUACGGCUUCCAGAGAGGCUGAAGCCGACGCUCGCCCCCGCCGCCGAAAUGGGAGCCCGGGGCCUCCUUCUCUUCCACGGGAAAGCCACGGCUAGCAGCUUUCCCGUCCGACCGAGCCGAGGGAGGAGGAACCCCGUCUCUUGUUGUCCCGAAAACGGGCGGCCGCGGUCGCCGUCGUCUCCGCCAGAAGAAAUGUUUCCUGUGUUUUGCUGCUGCUACCCGGAAAACAUCCCUCUUCUGGUGACACCAAUAAAGAUAUCGGUGGAGGGAAGCUUUUUAAGACGUCAUCCUGCCGCCAGGUUUGAUAGGAGGCAGGCGCAGGAUUUACGAACUCGAAAGAAGGGAAAUGUUCUCUUGGUAGUGGAAGGUAAAGAUUUGCCGACAUCAGGUAAUAAAAUUUCUGUCGUUA